AGAAUUCAUAGUUAUUUACAAUGAUGAAUACCUUUCUUAUUCUAGUUUUCGUAGCGUGAACGCGAGUGAACCGCAGAAUUUUUCCAACUUUUCACCUCUUAUCAUCACGUAGAUGAUAUUACAAAUUCAUGUUAAAUAAAUCCUAUUAUGACAAUACAAUAAUCGUGGCUCCAUGAUGCGGCUUUUGUAAAAAGGUUUGUAUGGUUGUAAGCAAGCACUUUUGAAGAAAUUAUAAACGGCCACGAAAAUGUUAUAAGUAAACAAGAGCCAAUAACAAAAAAAUUGAAAAAUCGUGGUUUACAGCCAGAAUUCAAUCUCGCCGGCUUGAAAAGUAUCUUAUUCAACGCGUAAUAUAAAGGAGAACUAGUGGCGAUGUCAGUUCCCCUGCUUUUGGUUCACGGAGGAGCCGGCGACAUUCCUGAUUCGCGAGUACCGGGAAAAUUGGACGGUAUUCGUAAAGCUCUCAGAAUUGGUUACGAAAAUUACGCUACAACAAAAGAUAUACUAGAUGCCACCCAAGCUGCGGUAGAAUACAUGGAGCUCGAUCCAAACUUCAACGCAGGAUAUGGUUCGGUGUUGACACGAGAUGGAGAGAUCGAACUCGAAGCAUUAGUAGUGGACGGAGAAAAUCUUGAAGCGGGCGCAGUUACUGGAUUGAAGAAUAUAUUGCAUCCCAUAGCUGUUGCUAGAAAAGUUAUGGAAAAAACUCCUCACGUAUUAUUAUCGGGUGAAGGUGCUCAGCAGUUCGCCGAAGAAUGCAGUUUUCCUUCAGAAUCGUCUCUCCAUACACCCGAUGCUUGGCAAGCCUUACAAGCUUUCAAAGAGAAGGCAACAAAUCCGUUUGCUAUGGAAAUUGGGAGCGGAGGUACCGUAGGUGCUGUGGGAAUUUCUUCUUCCGGACGUACGGUAUCAUGUACCUCUACGGGCGGAAUCACGGGAAAAAUGAGAGGGCGAGUUGGUGACACACCGAUUCCAGGUAGCGGCGGUGCUGCUGACAAUCUUAUUGGAGCCGUGUCUACUACCGGCUUUGGAGAUGCUAUUCUAAGAUACAACGUCGCCCAGCGCAUCCUUCUCGCCAUGGAAUCGGGUGAUACGGCGCAGGAAGCCUCUGAAAAGGUGUUGAAUUGCAUGCUGCAACGAAUUGGUAAAACUGCUGGAGCUAUUACUAUAGGCAAAGACGGUAGUAUAGGUGUUGCGUUUACUUCUAAAAGAAUGGCCUGGGCUUAUAUGAAAGAUGGACAAGUGCAUUAUGGAAUAAAUCAAGGCGAACAUUUUAUCGAAAACUUUCAGAGUUGACGUCGCUG